AUGAAGACGAACGCAACUUCCAACUCUCACCGCACUCCUCCCGCCAUCAUCACCACUCCUGAACAGUUCAAUUCCUGCAAGAUCAUCUCAUACCAACUAUUCCCUUGGAGCUAUCUCUCCGUCAUAUUUCCCCGACUACACACCAUUUCUCAUUGUUCCUGUACUUGCGCAACUAUGGAAGCGCCGAAAAUUGACGCUCCGGCGUACAGAACUUUGAUCCGGGACAUCUUCUUACUCCCCGACCUCCCAGGCAGAAACAACGACGGCCCCUUUCUCAAUGACCUACCAAAGUUGCUCAUCUACGCUCUCGAAAAAUACAAGGACCUGUCCCCCCCGAAGUCCGCUAUGAAACUGCGUCAGUGUUGCAGGAGCAUCGGUAACUUUCAGGAAGCCAGAGCUAAGACGGACCAAAUAAACGAACAAAGUGUUCAAAGGAUGCUAAAGAGUGGCGGUGCUGCGGCCAUCCCUCUGUACCUACGCUAUCAUAACACUGGUGUCAUCAUUCGAUGGAGUCAGUCCUCCCAGCAUCGCAUCGAGUUCUUCCAGCUAUCCCCUCGGGUUGGUGCUGUGACGUUGACAGUCGGAAGACUUCGACGACAGUUUCCAGAGAUAAGCGUCAGCAUCAAAGAAAACGUUGCUGCCGAUGAAAGAUUUACUAAAGUAGUUACCGAAACACUUGCUGAAAUGGACAAAGCCGAGGUUCCAGGGUUGAAACCCGUCAGAAAGACAGGGAGAGGGAAACAAUCCGAAGACAAAUGCGAUGCCACCUUGAGUGACCACAUUUUCGAUAUUCUCGUCCCAUUUCUUCUCACCGAACAGUCCGAAGGGCCCAAACCCCGCAGCCAAAGCAUCGUGAAACAUACGCGGGAUUAUGUGUUGUUUGUGGAUGAAAAGAAGGCGGUAGUCAGAAGAUCACCGAUUUGGCUCCUACUCAAGGUUGUCCUGCAACAGGAGCUGCGAAGUCACGACGAUGACACAACGUACAAACAAUUCAUGCUGGUAUUUCUGGCCAUGCUUCUCGAUGGUGCAUGCGCCCGCAACCUUGACAGCCCAACGAUCCAUUGCAUGGCGCGUAAAAUUGGCUACCGAACGUGGAAGCUACAGAGUAAGGCCAUGGGACCAUGGAUGGAGGUUGUCGACAUCGCCGUGAAGAGGGCAAGCGAUUUGCUGAACCGUUGCUGGAAGAAGAUAGUGCAGGCCGACCAGGACCAGAGAGCCAUCAAACUUCCUCUUUUUAUCUCCGAUGCUACUGAUUGCCAUGUCAAACUCAGCGAGCUCGACAAAUUCCUGGCCAGGGUCCGUGAGUGCCCACCCGAGAUCAAUGCACCAGUUCUGGAUCCCAAAUCGGACAUUACGACAUGGGCAGAAGGCAAGCUGCCAAACAUGAAUGACGUGGGAAAGGAAUCAUCCAACGGCGACGUAUUCAAUCUGAUCAAAGUCGAGCAAUGGGUCGAGGACUACCUUCCAUCUUUCGUUCAAGCACAGGGAAAUGACGUCUCAACAUGCUCUGACAUCAAAAAGUUCGCCACAGCCUAUUUUAAACGUGCCUCCGCCAUCUACAAAGAUUCCCCGGAUCACAUGUCCGUCAUGUAUCUUACCAUGCUCGAGCUGUGGAUUGCGUGCGACCGUUGUGUUGUCGCGCGCAAUACUUUGCUGCAAGACUACACUCCUCUCGGAGUGGAAAAAAUCGACUGGCAGUCGCUCAUGCUGCGAACGAAGCGAGAUAUGCUCCGGCUCUCCAUGGCAGAAGAUUACCUGGAAAGCCGAUCGUCUGAUAAAUUGAACAUGGUCGGGAAAUCUGAAUGCUUUGCGUCUCGCUUUGCGCAGGCCAGCAAGCCUCACCUGACACUCAUGGCUACAAUAGAGAGUGACAUGGCCAAGUUGGAACAAGAAAAAUCGGAUGAGUUGAAUCAACUCAAAGAAAAGCAGAAAUUUCUCUUGGACGCGCACAAAAACGGAACCUGCGAUCCCUCCAAAUGUCGCGUAGGAACCUCCAACCUCCUUUGCCAGCGGUGUAAUCAACUGGCCGUGGCCUGUAGCCUGACCAUCGCUCCUCUCCAGAAAAUUCUUCCCGAUGAUCCUGAGAUUGCUUACAAUCUCAUUUUUGAACUGCAAGUGCCCCCAGACAUCUCUGCAUGGCGUGACUUUUGCUAUGUCCUUCAGCUCGACGUCGCGGGCCAUAUGAAUCGAGGGCCCAAGCCCGGAUUGUUCAGCUACAUGCGCAACUACACCCAAUUCGAGCGCUACUUCAGAGCCAAUGGUAUAGAGUCCAAGUCCAGAAUCACUCUCGCAUCUGCCCACCCGGAGGAAGAAAAUCCACCCGUGACUGUCCGCCAAGAUCUGAAGCUGGCCGAUCUCUGCGUACCACAUUCGAUGAGGUGGAAGCUCUUUGACAGCAGCCAAGGUGCAUACAUAGAGGACAUAAGGCAGGGUGAUUUGAUGGACAAGACGUGCUCCAUGGGAAUUGGUGACGAGAACAAGCUCUUGCAGCAAGUGCUCGCAGACCCCUCCAUGACCCAGAAUGAGUUGAUCUCGAGGCGCCUGGAGGCGGAGACUACCAUCAUGGCCAAACACAACGAGGAGCUUGGGUCUCUAUACAUUGGCGAUAAUAUUACCUGGCCAAAGAUACUACGCGAUCUGCGAGGCACAUCCAUCGACUGGACGGCCCCGGAGACAUUUCUGAUCAUCACUGCGGUGGCCAUGACAGUCGGACCGAAACGAAAGGGAAGCGGGUCUAGACUGAGACACUACCAGCUAGGCAAUGCAGCCUUUUCUACUAAAGUAUUAGAUGAGGUCAUGCGACUGCUCACGAUAUACACAGCAAGCUUCUCCGGCCGCAGAGCGCUUGCCGUAUUUUGCAGCAUUGCCCUCAGAAUCCUGACCGAGGCCCCGGACUCAUGCCAUGAAAGUGCUUUCGGGAUUUUGCGCAAGAUGACAACGGACAUGCUGGAGACGCGACUGGACAUUGCCCUCAUUUGCUCAUAUGCUUUCAACGUGGAUUACGCACUUCUGAAACAUGUCCUGUGGGAGAAUAAAGCAGUGGGGAUGGAGCAAUAUGUUUUCGCAAUGACCAUUAUACACGAGGGCAACGCCACGAGCCCCUUCCAGAAAGCACUCUUCUCUGCCUGGCAGCGACUGAGCGUCACGGCGUCGGGGAUUCUGGCCGAAGUGGUUCGACAUGACCGCUUCGAGCAUGUCUCCGGCCCUUGGGUCAAGACAUACACACAGUCUUCCGUCCAAUCGGUCAGCAAGAUUAUUCACCUGAAUCUCAUGACAGGAGAGAUUCUGAUCGAUGGGAAGAGCCCGCGACAUUUGAGUUCAGAGUACCGGGCGCAUCAAGACUUUCAUGCCCUGUUUGGAGAUAUGAACCCUGCCGUCACGCCACUCCACCAUUCCGUUUACCAAUACCGAUUCCGGCAUCCCUUUAAAGGCUUCAUUAUCGACGUCGGCAUGGAAAAGAUGAAAAUGAACUCUGAAAAUGCAGUCGUCAGACAGGAUUUGCACGUACGGGCAGGGAAAGGUAGCACAUCAUUUGUAUUGACGCCGCGACAUAUGUUGACGACUGGGGAAUUCCCGUUUCCCAGCGAAUAUCUUGACAACUACAUCUACUGGCAUGAAAUCACAGACGGUGGAUAUAAAGUAGAUCUAUACCCUCGCCAAAGCCCCUGGGACAAGGGCGCAAUUGCGUGGAGCCUGGAGUCGCAGCAGGAUGACUGGCUCUUGAAGGAGCACGAGGGGGGGCGAAUUGUGAUGCCUGCCUCGUGUCAUCACUUCGUGAAGCUGUCGAAAAUCUUUGAGCACUUCACAGCCGAAGAUGAUCUCACAGUCACGGUGCACAACGAAAAGAAGAUUCUGGAAGUGCGCCUGGGCACCCUCGGAUUGAACUUUUAUGUCAACAACGGAUCCACUGUCAUUCGCUCCGUCGAGUUUGAGGACAUGUGCAUCGAUCAUGACUUUUUGCUACAAACACUGAUUGGUCUCCGGCAAAAGCUCAUUCUCCGCCACUCUUCUGACCAGUCGAACCGGAUUCUUCUAGUCGCCGACGGCGAGGACAAGUGUCUGUGGACGCGGCGAAACCACACGCAAGUUUCCAUAGACAUAACAAAGGAGACAACCUAUCAAGCGUAUUCAAUCGAUAUGAAUCUAAAGCAGCUACGAGGCAACCAAACAUGGAGAAGUAAAGCGUACCUUGCUUACCUGUCGGCACUCACGUCGCAUUGUUUGCCCGAUCCAUUUACCUGCCACACGGGGCAGGAGACAGCCCUCAACAUCCUGACGUCAGGCGCCAUGAUUUCCUUUGAUAGUUUGAGCGACAAAGACCGCGAGCUACUGGAAAAGAUUAGGGAUCUUGCGCCGGAAAGACAGCUGCGAAAGAGACCAGGUACGAGUCUGCCAACAGUGAAAUGGAGCCAAAAGCUCAACCCCGUCGCGCAGCACGAGGGGUACUGUUUUGCCGUGGAGAAGAUAUUUUCGCAUGCCGAGAUACUGGCCUCCUUGAGUACCGGAUUUGAAUUCGCACGAAAAUCGUGCUCGGAAGCCGAGCUGCGACUGAGGGAAGCCGAUGCCGUCCGCUUUGCCUGUUUUCGCGCGACGGGCUACAGCAACCAUGAUGGCGCGCGCGAUGCCGACUAUUACUUUCGCAUACCGGAAAAAAAGCAAAAGGCAACAAGCAAGAGACCGGAUCCGAUAGACUAUGGUUCGUCGGACGCUUUUCGCAGAGCAUACAUGGCCGCGCUAGGUGCGAAGCUCUGUCAGCGCUUCACAGAGAAGGCACCAGCGCCGGGCAACCUGUUAAUCCACAUGACGAAGUGUGGUACGUUGAAGACGGCGACGGACCAUUACGAUGUAGAGAAUCUGAGAUAUACGAGCAAAUGGCUGGACCCGGAGGAGUCAACGCUAGUGCAAGACCUGAGCUCUAUUCACAAGGCGCUGGUGUGCCCCAUGGCGGAACGGAACCCGUACCGGCUGCGAUUAUGGCUGAGCACUGUCGCGUGUGGUAUGGAGAGCGGUGUAGCUGGCGAUGUGAUUCCUGUUCUUGUCGCGCUCGUCGGUAAAAAGCUGGCGUAUUUUGCGUUGCCCACAAAGACGAAUCCGGAUAUAAGUCUCGGGUGCGAGUACAGCGCGGAUCGAAUUGCGGCGACCUUGAACGUGGCCAAGAGGCAAUGGGCCCCGGAAGCCGAUGUUUUCUUGGAGGAGACGGACGACCACAACGCCACAGCGAAAGAGUUCUGUCACAAGCAAGACAAGGAAAUAUCAUUGCUUGCCGGGAAGAUGGCCGGCCAGGGCUUCUUCUCCCUCGGUAACCACAGCAAGUACUUUGAUGUGGAGCAAGCUGAAGCGUCUGUGAAAAGGCUUUUUAGAACCUGGGAUCUUAACAAGAAAUGGACACGCUACUGUGAGGAUCUGUCUCGGGUCGUCUCCGGCCUGCCCGUCUCCGACGCAAAACCUCCGUCUAUCAUGCAUGCUCUGCCCGACGGGGCUGCCAAGCACCUGUCUGGCCAUGUCACCAUCGAGGCAAUGAUGGCGAAGGCUCCGGCUAGCUUUGACAAAAGUAACACAUGGAGAACGCGGUUUAAAGAUGAGAUCAGGAGCCACAUGCAGUGGGGGAAACACGAGGUACGCGCUGCGCUUAUUGAUUUACCUUGGGUUCUAGGCCGGACAGCCAGCAAGCAGCAUGAGAAGGACUACAUUGCGGGACUUGAAACAAGCAUCAAGGCAUUAGAAAAUCACCGUUCAGUAAAGAAAGUAGUCGAAAGCUCUGCUGAAUUAGAUACGGCGACACGGGCCUACAAAGCCGAGAUUGAGGAGAGACUGAAAGCUUGCGCGGUGGAAGCUGACAAGGCGAUUCGCCAAGUCACCACCGAGAUCAAUCCGACAUUCGCCAGCGUGAUUCGUCACUCCGACGUCUUCCCGAACAUAUCUCUUUGCUGGUUUUUGAGCCAGCUCUCCUUCAGUAAGCAAGCUGCUUUGACGGAGCCAUGGCGAAACCUGAUUCAACAAAUGGCCGCCCUGUGCCGCGACCGGCAGCACAUGAAGAGGAUUACUCAGGCGGGCAAAAACGGGGCUCAACUUUUGCACGAGCUGCAAACCCUAGACAGGUAUUCCUACGAUGACUCGGAGUUCCCCGAUGCGGUUCUCCUUGAAAUAGAGCAAGACCUUUGCCUGCGCGCCAAUCAGCUGGAGACGGCAGUCCGGAUGAAAACCCCCCCCAAAGAGGACAACUCCGUCAUGCAGCUCAACAUGGGCGAGGGAAAGUCAUCCGUCAUCAUCCCGAUCCUGAGCGCCUCGCUAGCUCAAGGUAAGACGCUCGUCCGCGUCUUCGUUGGCCGGCAUCAGUCGGCCCAGAUGAGGGACACGAUGACGGCGGCCAUGGGCGGGCUCAUGAACCGCUCCGUGCUGUGCAUGCCAUAUAAUAGAGACUCCAAGCUCAGAAAGAAGGAUAUUGAAAAGCUCAAAGGAAUGGCAGUGCGCUGUGUCAAGAGUGGCGGCGUGCUCCUGCUGCAGCCCGAGAACCACCUUUCGCUGCUGCUGUCCACAUGUCUCAACGAGGACACGACUUUGACAAAGUGCUACGUGAGUCUGGUAAAGUAUCUGCGGGAGACCUGCCGCGACAUCAUCGACGAGUGCGACGAGCUUCUAUCGCCGUCGUAUGAGCUCCUCUACACCUUGGGCACGCCCGAGCCCGUCGACUUUGCGCCGGACCGGUGGGUGUUUAUUCAAAACCUCCUCGGACUCCUCGCGCAAUAUGCCAACCCAAAAGCCCGGGUCGUGACCGAGGACGAGGUUCUGUACAAAGGAAAGAUGGGCAAAUCCAAUGCGUAUCCGGCAUUUACUUUUCUGUCACCGGCAAGCCUGUGUAAAGUGCUGACUGAGGUGGGCCGAAUGUUCAUCAUUCGCGGUAUCACAGGGUUUCCCGUCAAACAAUACUCCUCCUCCAUGAAACGUGCCAUCAAAGAGUUCGUCACCAAGGCGAAUCCCACGUCAAAGACUGUCAGGUCGAUAGAGCAGCUGGGCGGCGCGGCCAAGUCCGGUCUGGCUUUGGUUCGAGGCUGCAUCGCCGGCGACAUUUUCCGCGUCGCCUUGCUACAAAAGCGCUGGCGCGUCGACUAUGGCUGCGACUUUGAGCGCAUACCGAACACCCGUCUUGCCGUCCCCUUUUCGGCCAAGGACGUGCCCAAGCCGCGCGCCGAGUUCAGCAACACGGACAUUGUGAUUGUCUUCACCCAGCUGUCUUACUACCAGAGCGGACUGCGCGAGCAGGACGUCCGAGAUCUCGUGGAGCAAAUGCGCGUGGCGGAUGGCGGCCAUGACAUCUAUCGCCAGUGGUUUAGCAAUUCAGAGAUGCCGGGGGCGUUAUGGGAGCUUAAGGCUGUCAACUUGCAAGACGAGCGGCAGUUCCGCAAGUUGUUCUUCCACAUUCAAUACUCGGUCGAGGCCAUUAACUACUUCCUAGGCCGCCUUGUGUUCCCCACGGAGCUUGGCGCCUUCAGUCGGCACAUGGCAGCUUCGGGCUGGGAUCUGGCCGAGAAGACGACGCAUCCAACGACGGGUUUCAGCGGCACCACGGACCUGUGCGCCGUGCUCCCGCUGGCCAUGAACCGACACGACUUGCCAUCGCAGGCACACACCAAUGCUCUGGUACUGAACAAUAUACUCCACAGGGAUAAUACGGUGCUUUCCAUGCACCAAGAGCUGAAAAAUAGGCUGUCUGAUGGCAGAGACUUGAUUGAACACGUCAUAAGGGACGGUCGCAUUCGCGUUCUUCUCGACGUCGGCGCCCAGGUGAUCAAAUUCAGCAACAAGGAAGUCGCCAAUCGUUGGCUCCAGCAGAAAAAGGACCAAGACAUCAAAGCCGUCGUCUUCUUCAGCGAGUCUGAAGUUCUCUCAGUCAUGGAUCACAGUCUAGUCGUGAUGCCUCUCAAGGAGUCGGUGUACGCAAAAAAGCUCGACGCCUGUGCCGUCUUCUUGGACGAGGCACACACGCGCGGCACGGAUUUGCGACUGCCCCUCAACUACAAAGCCGCCGUUACUCUAGGACCAGGUCUCACAAAGGAUCGUCUGGCUCAAGCGUGCAUGCGGAUGCGAAACCUGGGCAAGGGUCAGACUCUCGUCUUUUAUGUAAGCUUCGAGGUGGAGAAUGAUAUUCGAAAGUUGCUCCAGCUACCUCACGACCAGCCUUUAACCAUCGACCGCAUUAUCCAGUGGUCCAUCUCCCAAACUCAGGCGAGCAUCACGCGACAGAUGCCGCACUGGGCUAAGCAAGGUCGUCGCCACAAGCUGCAAAGCGAGGCGUGGAAAGAGGUUUUGAAGAUCAGACCGACGUCAGAAGAAUAUGAAGGCAUCGAGGAACAAUUUAAGAGCUAUGCGCCCCGGGCAGCCAAGAAAGCCGGUGCCGCUUCUGCAGAGACGGACGACGAAGCGGACUCCGACUUUGACCACCGGUGUCGGGAGUACGGCUACUGGGGCACCACCUCCCUGGCAGGCAACGUGGACGAGACAUGCGAGCGUGAGGUGGCACCCGAGGUCGAGGACGAAAAGGAAGUCUUGAAGCCGCCGAAGCCAGACGCCAAAGACUUUUUCGGUAAUAAAACUUUGGAAAAAUUUAUCUCGCAUGGUACGAUUGACCAAGCAAGCGCCAUGUUGGAAUGGGCCUUCGAGUCUCUUCACCGGACCACCCUGGCUCCCAUGGUCAAGAAGUUGCAGUUUCCUUGCAGCCUGCGCGUGACUACCCCAUUUGCGAAGGCUGUCCGUACGGAGGACCUGACAGACAACUAUCAGCAGCACGUCGCGUACGUCUUGCACACGAAGCCGAGCCUCGUCCGGCAUCCCGGCCAGCAAGCGGACGUCGUCAUCAUCAGCCAAGAUGAGCUCGAAAACUACUGGGACGAAAUCAGCCAGUCUAAGUUCGUCUCGCUGCACUGCUACAAUGCAAAGGUGACGCCCGACGCCGCCGCGCUCCGCGCCGAGCCCAUCUACCCCCUCGACGGCGACCUCGUCUACGCGCACCCGGUCCACACGCGGAUCGCACUCGACCUCUUUGCGGGCCAGCUCUAUUUUAGCACAUACGACGAGUACGUGCAGGUGUCAAGCUUUCUCGGGCUCGUCUACUUUGAGGAAACGGGCGACAUGGCCGUUGAUCCGGACGGUUUUGUGCCACCGCCGGAGCGCCACAAGAUCCCGCGAUGGCACCGCCGCGCAGACCAGUACUGGGACACGUUUUCAACGAGCCCCGUGCCGUUCUUCAAGAAGUUCUUGAGCGUCGUGCGCGGCCACGGCGCGGGCAUCGAGCAUUCUCACAUGGGACGCAUCCUGGACGGCGAGCACCUGGGCAAGGCCGAGUUUCCCGACACCUUUCGGUUGCGCGGACCCAACGACGCAGUGGUGGUGAUAGAGGUGAAGGAGAAGAGCUCGGUGCUCGAUAUCGGGCCACCGGAGGGGCGCCGCAAGCGUGAGAGACGGGAUAAGAACACCGUUGCCGCGGCGGCAGAGGAACCGGCGAGCAAGAGGCAAAGGAAUAGUGCCACUGCCGGCAGCUCCUUGUCACCACAAUGUCAAAACGUCGACUUGUGUUGUCCAUUAGUAAAAGGCAGCAUGAAAGAGAAGAAUGAAGGGGGUGACGGCUGUGUUAUACAGAAAACGAGGAAUGUGUGGGAAAAUGCCAGGAAGCGCAAGAGAGGGGAAGAUGGGGAGUGA